AUGAUUUCCAACUACGUGAACUACCAACACCAACAACACCCAAAAGAAAACAACUGGAUCCAACAGGACAUCAUGCGUAGUAAACACUUCUUGAGAGAGAACGAUCAGCUGUACGUGACAAGGGCAGACAAAGGGAAUAAGGUGGUUGUCAUCGGAGCAGAAGAGUAUCGACGUAAGAUGAGAGAACUUGUAAACGACACAACCACGUACAGACAGCUUGAAGGGGAUCCCACUCACACCAUCUUGAGUGACCUAAACACUCUUGUCAAGCAAUGGUGGACAGAUAAACAAAUCAGUGGCCCCAAGAAACGAGAGCUGCUUCUGUUCCACUGCAACCCCCCGCGGAUCUACGGCCUCCCCAAGAUCCACAAACCGAACAGACCACUCCGCCCGGUCGUGUCGACGAUUGGGACAGCCACGUACAAAAUGGCCAAGUUCCUCGCGGGCAUACUGGGUCAUCUGGUGGGGAAGACCAACAGUCACGUAAGGAGCAGUUUCACCUUCGCUGAAGAGAUCAGUAAGGUGGAAGUACCUGAUGGUUGCGUGAUGUACUCGCUGGAUGUAGUCUCGUUGUACACUAACAUCCCAGUGGACAAGAUCUACAGGUGUAUCAAGGCAAGAUAUGGGGAACUUGCCAGGUACACCUCUAUCCCGUGGCCAAGCUUCAAAAAAGCACUAAAAAUUGUACUAGAAAACGCCUUUUUCCAGUACGAAGGUAAAAUUUACGGCCAAACCUUCGGCGUCCCGAUGGGGUCUCCUCUCUCUUCGGUAGUCUCCGACAUUGUGAUGGAAAAGCUCGAACGAAAAAACAUCAACAAACUGCAGCAGAAAAACAUCACUCUCCAUGUGUACAAACGCUACGUCGACGACUGCUUUGUGGUAGGAAGAGAAGAAGACAUCACCACCGUUGUUGAUACCUUCAACUCAACGUACGAAAGCCUGCAGUUUACGUUGGAGAGAGAGAAAGACGCCUCCAUUAGGUUCCUCGAUCUCACGUUGACCAGAGCAGGACGAAAGAUCGAGAAGAAGUGGUACCCCAAACAAGAGAACGGUCGCUACCUGGACUACCUCUCGGAGAGCCCAAGGUGUCACAAACGUAACACUGCUAUCGCUCUGGUUGACCGGGCACUUAUGCUAACCGAUCCGGACAAGCGACCAGAGAGCAUACGCAUAGUAAAGAACAUCCUACUGACCAACAACUACCCAGCUUGGUUCAUCUCGCGCACUCUCAAGGAGAGGGUGCAUUUUCUGUACAACUCUCUCGAGCAGGAGAGAAAAAGGGACGAGAGAGCGAGCUCAUACGCAUCAGUGGCGUAUAUCCCCCACCUCAGCGAGAAGGUUGGGAAAGCGCUACGCAAACACGGCGUUGUUGCUGCAUACAAGCCAAACAACAAGAUCAAGAACACAGUUUUCAGCAAAUUGAAGGAUAAAAUCCCCAUGAUGCAGCAGACAAACGUCGUGUACAGCGUACCGUGCGGAGCCUGCGCCGACAAGGUGUACAUCGGACAAACCUCGCAGAAGCUUGAGAAGAGGCUGAAACAACACAAGGACGCGGUCAGAACCAACAACCCCAGCUCUGGUCUCGCCCAGCACUCUUUGGAGUUAGGACAUGUUUUCGACUUCUCCCGUGCGAGCAUUUUGGAGAAGGUCGAAACAGAGAGACUGAGAUGUACAGCAGAGAUGUUACACAUCAAAAUGAGGGGCAGUGGAGCAGUCAACCUGCAGAGAGAGUCGGCGUCGCUCUCGUCGUCGUACAACUGCCUGCUCAAGAAGAUACGCGAGACGGAAAGAGCGACGCGGUCAGCUGUAGCAGAUCAGGCGACCCAGCAGGAGGAGUAG